AGCAAAGCAACCCGUUGGUUGACGAACAUUUGUCAUUCGGAACGCGACCGCGCCGUUGGAGCGCUAGUGUCGCCGCGCGCUCGGUUACGCACUCGCGAAAUAAUAAAAACAAAACAAAACCGUUCUUUUUACAAAAAGGAAGUUUGCCAGUGACAUAAAGUUUUAAAGUGACUAAAUUAGUGCGUUGGAGGUCGUUCGUACUAUUUCGGGUAAAUCGAGUGAUUGGUCUGUAGCCUGUACUGUUUCAAUUUGUAAAUCAUGUAGGUAAAUAAUAACAUUGUAAUUGUGUUCGUGAAGGAAAUGACUGAAUUGACAUUAAUUAGAUAAUAGUAAUGAAACAUAAGUUGAACGCUAUAGUGAAAAGCUCAGUGAACUGUGAACAGUGUGCGUAGAUGAAAAUAAACUCAUCAAUGACAAAACCAAAUCCCAUAUCGAAGACCGAGUCAAAGGCUUUACGUUAAAUGCCUCCCACGGAGACUGGUCACGACGGCAUGCUGUGCCUGUCGAGACAUGACAAUUGCCUCUGGGAUCAAGCCCUCAAGUCUGCCCAGCUUGACUGGUCUGGCCUGCAAUACUCCUGUUUGAAGAUCUUGCACUUAUAUUGCAAGGUGUUCGACAGAGAAGAUGUUUUGGAAUUCGUAAUUAGAAAGACCUGCAAGUCGUGCGGUUGCGAUCGUCUUUCGCAUUCGGUGUACCAUGAGGAGCUGGGGUCGGUGCGCGAGCGGCUCGGGCUGCGGGACACGAGGGUCAACCACCACUCGUACGACAGCCCGCCAGGACUCACUGCCAAACAGACUGAACUCUAUUGGCAAUCGCUAUCAGAGAGAGAACCGAACGCAGGUGGCGCCACCGGCGCGGCGGCGUGGCGGACGUGGCGGACCAGAGCCUUAGCUUCGCAACUGCCGAAGCAGGACCUCUCGUUGGCACACUGUCGGCAUAUCGACGAAGCGCAUCGCAAGCAGUUCGAGGACUUCGUCGCUGCGAGGAACGAAAUAGCGCUCGAUAUUGGUAUUGCCAGACAACACCAUGGAUCUCCUGUUGACUGUUUAGGUUGCAAUAAACCUAUACGUAGUGGAAGUAUUGCGAUAGAAGCGCCAAGAUUAAGUGAAGAGGGUCCGUUCCAUCCGUCGUGUUUCUCGUGCUCGGAAUGCGGCGAUUUGUUGGUGGAGCUGGCGUACUGCGCGCUGGACGGGCGGCUCUACUGCGUGCGCCACUACGACGAACGGCUCAAGCCGCGCUGCCACGCCUGCGACGAGCUCAUUUUCAGUGGCGAAUACACCAAGGCAAUGAACAAGGACUGGCACAGCGGCCACUUCUGCUGCUGGCAGUGCGACGAGUCGCUGACGGGCCAGCGGUACGUGCUGCGCGACGAGCACCCCUACUGCAUCAAGUGCUACGAGAGCGUGUUCGCCAACGGCUGCGAGGAAUGCAAUAAGACCAUCGGCAUCGACUCUAAGGAUCUGUCGUACAAAGAUAAGCACUGGCACGAGGCGUGCUUCCUGUGCGCCAAGUGCCGCGUGUCGCUGGUGGACAAGCAGUUCGGCUCCAAGCUGGACAAGAUCUACUGCGGCAACUGCUACGACGCUCAGUUCGCGAGCCGCUGCGAUGGCUGCGGCGAAGUGUUCCGCGCUGGCACCAAGAAGAUGGAGUACAAGACCCGGCAGUGGCACGAGAAGUGCUUCUGCUGCGUGGUGUGCAAGAACCCCAUCGGCACGAAGAGCUUCAUCCCGCGCGAGCAGGAGAUCUACUGCGCCGGCUGCUACGAGGACAAGUUCGCUACCCGCUGCGUUAAGUGCAACAAGAUCAUCACGCAAGGCGGCGUGACGUACAAGAACGAGCCGUGGCAUCGCGAGUGCUUCACAUGCACCAACUGCAACACCUCCCUAGCCGGCCAGCGGUUCACGUCGCGCGACGAGAAGCCCUACUGCGCCGAGUGCUUCGGAGAACUGUUCGCCAAGAGAUGCACGUCUUGCAGCAAGCCCAUCACUGGCAUCGGCGGCACCCGCUUCAUCUCGUUCGAGGACCGACACUGGCACAACGACUGCUUCAUCUGCGCGCAGUGCAAGACGUCUCUCGUCGGCAAGGGUUUCAUCACCGACGGCCAGGACAUCAUCUGUCCCGAGUGCGCCAAACAGAAGCUCAUGUAAAUACCACACCACCGCUUGCUCUAACGCUUACGUCUCUCGCCUCACCCACUCCCUCCUAAUCAUCAUAAGACUCGGAAUCAUUCAAUGAGUACAAAUUUUCCCCACUGUUCCCAGUAGUCUUACCAGUUGAACUACUGGGAAUUUCCUUCCCAAUAGACUUACUGGUAGUAAGACGCUGGUGAUUUUUUUCCCAAUAGUUUUACUUUGUCAAAAUUUAUAAAACAAUUCCCUCGUAAUUGAUAGAUAGUAGCUUUAUUAAGUCUAAGAGAAAAAAAUAAAAAAUAAGAUAUAAUUGCAUUUUUUUCCAAAACAAAAAAUAGCGAACUCAAUGAUAAGUACUUCAUUAGUUGUUGUUUCGAGUGAUUUCAGAACAAAACAAAUAUAUUUCAACGAAAUAAAAUUAAUUAUUAAAACAA